CUGUAAUUGGCCAUCUGCUGCAGUGUUCACAGGUUAGGAUUCAUAGGAAACAACCAUUAUCACACAAGCCUACCGCUAUAUAAGCAGCAGGCCUUGCUCAGAAUUCCUAUCUAUACCCAGUUCAGGCUCUUCCUUGUUUCUUCUACCUUCCCUGUCGCUCCGUUCACUUCAUCAUGUCUAAGUGCAGUGAGACCUCUCAUCUCAGAUGUGAGAUAAGAGUUGGCAGACUCUCAAACUUCGACCUCGAUCUUCCAGGCAACCCGUUCAUCAGAUACUACGUAUUCGCGGGUCACGGGAGAAGAAUUCGCAUCGACACAAAGGAGGUCGUUCCCACCGGCAGCCCAUGCUGGGAUGAGCUCGCAACCAUCGAGUGCCAGGGAGCGUCAGACCCGGUAAGAGAGCUACUCGAGCCACACACAGUGGUGUUUGAGCUACGACGGAGGAGCAGGAGGAUCCCACUUCUUGGAAGAUUCACGGGGUCUAAGCUCCUGGGAAUGGCCGAGGUCGCAUGGAAGGAGGUGUUGGCCUCGCCGGACAUGUCAUUGAAGAGAUGCGUCAGGUUCGCCUCAUUGAGUUCUGAGUUUUAUGGGCUCAAACCACCCUGCUUAUCGGUGGAGAUGAAGGUCGAAGCUGUGAAAUCACUGAGCAACAAGCAGAGGAGUGGCCGGAGGCCGGCCAUGGAGGGGUGUGCUUGCAGGAGUAGCGAGCGUUUUGGGAGCGAGGAGGACAUCCUCCUGGCUGCAGCAACACUAAAUGUAUGGUAGAUGCUUUCACACAAAGCUACCAUGAGUUCUUUUAACACAAGACAGUGUAUGGUUUCAGGCCUUAAGCUGGCUUUCUUUGCUUUGUAAGUUCUCAUAUUCAUACAUCAAAUGUUGACUCUCACAUUAAUGAAUCAACAUGGAUGGAUUGGCACUGGAAAAGAAGGUAGUGAUGAUUCAAUAGCAAAAGUGCAAAUUGAAGAUCCUAUGUGUUGACUUUUAA